AUGCGUGCUUCUACUUUCGUUUCCAUGAUGGCCGGCGCUGCCGUUGCCUCUGCUGCCUACGUCAACAUCACCUCUACUGAGACUUUGACCAUCACCUCUUGUUCCGACAACGGAUGUGGUGUUGUUACCAUCACCACCACCUUCUGCCCAGAGACCGAGAGCACCUCCACUGCUUUCGUCACCUCUACCGCUGAGAACACCACCUCCCCAGCUGUCACCUCUUUCGAGGGUGCUGCCGGUGCUGCUUACGCCCAAGCCGGUGUUGCCGCUGCUGCCAUGGGUGCCGCUGCUCUUUACUUGUUGUAA